GGUUGGCAUUGGCAUUGACACUGGCUGUCCCGCCGCCCUCCAACCAGGUCUGCGUUGUGGGUUGACCUCAUGACUGACAUGACAAGCUGUGCACAGCACCGGCGUCUCAAUGACUGACCACCUCAUUUACCCAGUGCGUGUGAAAGGCCAAUGUCUGCCAGGCCAGAGACCAUAAAAGCCCUCAUCUAAAAGUGGAGCCUUUUGGAGAUAUAACAAGGCUGGUUCUGAUGGUGCUCCUAGGUUAGGUAUGGUAGGUAGGUGGUUAGGUGAGGAGGUAUGUAGAUAUUUAGGUAGAUUAGGUUGGGUUAGGUAAAUGUAAUUGUGAUCAUGAAAAAGAAUGAACGGUUGACAUACAAACCCACAAAAAGUAGCAAAAAUAACCUCUUUAAUAAUCAUGCCAGGUCAGUAAUGGUGAGACAAAAUGUCAAGAUUGUUGUUGCUAGCUCACAUGGAGGCACAUUCAUAUUCAUGUUUCCACUUACCGGAUAUCAUUACAUACAGUUCAUGUGCUACAUGUAGUUUUUGCAAGAGAUGCUUAUCAUCUAAUUGCAGUGUCAUUGCAACUGGCACUUACGAAUGUCAUUUGGAAAAUGGCCCACUUCUAUUGUCUUGGAAUUUGAAGGAGGUUUUCCUCCUACAAAACGAAGAAACAAACCACUUCUAUUCCUUUGAGUUGUAAAUGACCCAUAAAAGUAACCAGUGAGCAUUUUAUAAAGUGAUUCAUCCAGGAAGCAGAACAACUCAAUCAACUUCGAUGGACAUAUACGCCGCUGUUUGAUGUGGCACGUUUUGAGGAAAGGCUGGUCUGGCUUCCUUUUCCCAUGCGUGUCACUUGUCAUCUUACCACUGUAAAGAAUGAGCCAUUCAUGAGACGCUGACACUCAAUGGGUGUCUUUAACAGCAGCGGAGGCGAGACAAAACCCCCUAAAACAUCCGCUGUAACACAAACAGAAAGAGAAAGAUGAUACAAACUUUUCCACUGAGUCAAUAGAUGAUGCGUGACAGCAAACAAAUGAAUUGUCGUUGCCAUCGAAAGCAUGUGUGAUGACAUCUCCAUUGUAAGGCAUCAUGAAAGAAUAAUGAUAGUCACAUGUGAUCAUAUAGUAUGUGGCUUAUUUUAGAACAAAAAACCAAAAAUAAAUAAAUAGAUAACAUUGAAGUUAUAUGUGAUGUCUCUUCAUUUUACAGAUAAAGUGAAGACAUCACACGAAGCCACAACUCACGGAAAAAAGAAUACUCAAUUAUCGGUUGCACAUAAUUAACAUGGGGUAAACUGACGUCAUUUUCUGCUCUUCUCGAAAUUAACAGAAUAAUGUAUAUGUUGGUUUAACACACAUUUUAAGAAGUACGUGGUAAGUUAAUUCAAACAACUUCCCCUACUGGAGUUUGUUUCCGUAGUUCUAGGUUGUACAGUACGUGUAUAUUUGUGUGUGGUAAUAUACUGCCCCCUGGUGGAAAGUCAGAAAGCACCUCCUGUUUUGUUGUGUGGGAUUUCGGACAUAAUAUAAGACUGGUAUAUUCAACUAAUGAAGAAAAUCAAAAACAUAAUUUGAAAUAAAACUCUGAGGGUAUGUGCAAUGUUUUAUGUCCACGGUUCUUUUUGCUUUUACUUUGAGUAUUCGUCAGAAACGUAGGGAAGAGGAUUAGGGCCAGUGAAGCUCCCUAGGAGUCACUCGUGUAUUCUGUUAUUUAUGUAUUUUAUGAACAACGAGUUUGAAAUAAAUCACUGGAUUUUGUAUAUUAUAGUAUUUCAUAUUUCGCAUUUCACACUAAUAUUAUAAAAAAUACGUUUUCGGUCUGCCGUCUCGCUCCAUGGUUAACGCACAAAUAGCGACGUGAAUUGCACUUUUACGCCCCGAGUCGCGCUUUCUGCGUUGUUUCUUGGAAGCAGUCCCCAAACGUCGCCCAUUUGUUUGCCAUGGUUUUUCAAUGUAGACGGCGCCGAAUAAAUCAUACUCGUGUGUUUGCUGGGGGGAAGAUCGAGUUCGAGGCGACGGAGCAGAGAGAGACAGCCGGACACGGCUCACCUCACUCGUGGGGUAGUUUGGAAGACCGUCGGUGGAUGCGAAGUUGUCUCACUGCUGACUCGUCCAUGCAAUGCAUAGGUGUUAACCAGGCACUGCUCGAUGGAGAAAUACGAGAAACUGGCCAAAAUUGGAGAAGGUUCUUACGGCGUGGUCUUCAAAUGCAGAAACAGAGACACCGACCAAAUUGUCGCUAUCAAGAAGUUUGUCGAAUCGGAAGACGAUCCCAUGAUCAAGAAAAUUGCACUGAGGGAAAUUCGCAUGCUAAAGCAGCUGAAACACGUUAAUUUGGUCAACCUGCUGGAGGUGUUCCGUAGGAAACGACACCUCCACCUGGUCUUUGAGUUCUGCGAGCAAACGGUCCUCAACGAGCUGGAAAAACACCCCCGAGGUGUUCCAGAGGCUCAGCUGAAGAGCAUCGUGUGGCAGACGCUACAGGCCGUCAACUUCUGCCACAAGCACAACUGCAUCCACCGCGACGUCAAGCCUGAGAACAUCCUCCUCACCAAGACCGGCGUCAUCAAGUUGUGUGACUUUGGGUUCGCUCGUAUUCUGACGGGACCAGAGGACGACUACACGGACUAUGUGGCGACGCGCUGGUACCGGGCUCCUGAGCUGCUGGUUGGGGACACUCAGUACGGCCCCCCUGUGGACGUGUGGGCGCUGGGAUGCGUCUUCGCCGAGCUGCUCAGCGGGAGUCCACUCUGGCCCGGGAAGUCCGAUGUGGACCAGCUCUACCUUAUCCGCAAAACUCUUGGGGACCUCAUCCCUCGACACCAGCAGGUGUUCCGGUCCAACGUUUUCUUCAGCGGAGUCAGUAUUCCUGAACCUGACACCACAGAAACUCUGGAAAAGCGAUUCUCCGGUUCAUCACCCCUGGCUCUUCAAGUCAUGAAGUCGUGCUUGGUGAUGGAUCCCUCACUCAGGCUGUCGUGCGAGGAGCUGCUGGCGCUACCCUACAUACAUGAGGAAGGCGGCACCGCCUGGGCCCGCGAGGGGGAACAACGUCUAAUGAGACGCCAUGACAAAGGCCCCCGUCGCAAACAGACAACGGCUCAAUACCUGCCACAAUUAACAAACAGCAACAUGUCGCCGGCGCCGGAUGUCAAGAAGCCAGCGAAGCACAAAUAUCACCUGCCCAACAUUUAGCCAACAACCAGAAACCAUCUUUCUUUUCAUCUUUGUUUGGGAGGGACAUUCUGGUCUGGUAACGCUGAUGACGCCAAGCUAUAGUUCUGAAAAAUCAUUACUCCAUUUUUUACUUAAAUUUGACAUACACGUGAGCUUCGGGUUAUGUUUCUUGACACCCUCUCUAUAAUAAUUUUUGGCACAAUACUUCUUUCCCUUUCGGCUUUUCCCUUCAGGGGUCGCCACCGCGAAUCAGCUGCCUCCAUCUAACCCUGUUUUGUGCAUCCUCUUCUCUCACAUCAACUAUCUUCAUGUCCUUUCUCAUUACAUCCAUAAAUCUCCUCUUUGGUCUUCCUCUCGGCCUGGCACUUCAAGACUCACAAUAUUGUGGCACUCCAUUUGAUAUCAAGUCAAGGUACCGCUGUAUUUGCUUGUGGUGCGUUCAGGGACUGCAAACAUGCUGACGGUACAUUCAGGGUUCAUAAUCACAGCGAACACCCACAUCUGUAUAUUAAGUCAAGUUUGCGAGAAUGUUAUAUUUUUACGACAAUAGUUAAUCCAAUCAUGCGCCUUGAUU